CGGAGCGGCGAUUGGCCUGCGAGCAGCGGCGGAAGCAGAAGCGGUGGGUGCGCAGGCGCGGUGCAGCCCGGGCCGAGGGCAGGGAGGUGCCAUGGAGUGGCGGGGCGAGCCGCAGCGGCCGAACAGCAUGAACCAGGGGGACUCAAACCCGGCAGCGGUGCCGCACGCCGCGGAGGACGUUCAGGGGGAUGACCGGUGGAUGUCACAGCACAACAGGUUUGUCUCGGACUGCAAAGACAAGGAGCCCGAUGUGCUCUUCGUGGGGGACUCCAUGGUGCAGCUGCUGCAGCAGUAUGAGAUCUGGCGGGAGCUCUUCUCACCCCUUCAUGCACUGAACUUUGGAAUCGGUGGAGACACCACAGGCCAUGUCCUAUGGAGACUGAAGAACGGUGAACUGGAGAACAUUAAACCCAAGGUCAUUGUUGUUUGGGUUGGAACAAAUAACCAUGAAAACACAGCCGAGGAAGUAGCAGGAGGGAUCGAGGCCAUCGUGCGCCUGAUCAACACCCAGCAGCCACAGGCCAAAGUCAUUGUGCUGGGCCUGCUACCUCGUGGAGAGAAGCCAAACCCGCUGCGGCAGAAGAACGCCAAGGUGAACCACCUGCUGAAAGCCUCGCUCCCCAAACUGUGCAACGUGCAGCUCCUGGAUGUGGACGCCGGCUUCGUGCACUCGGAUGGCACCAUCUCCUACCACGACAUGUUUGAUUUCCUGCACCUCACGGGAGGGGGCUACGCAAAGAUCUGCAAACCCCUCCACGAACUGAUCAUGCAGCUGCUGGAGGAGACCCCCGAGGAGAAACGAGCUGCCCUGGCCUGAGCUCCCCCCAUCGACAGCAUCACCCAGCCCAUCAGAUCAGUUCUGUCACUGGCACUACAGAAUCCUUCUUUCUUAAAGCACUUUCCAUUGUAGAAUGUUACCGGAUGUCCGUACCUAGUGUUUUGAGGGGGAAGGCUGAUGUUUAACUGGUCUUGUACAGAUGAGGGCCGGCUGGGUUGCUUUUAUUGCAGGAGGAAAGUAGCUGAUGAAGAGUUUUACUUUUAAACCAUUCCUCAUUCACAAGGAGAACAGGACUGUCACUCUGUGCCCCUCUCAUGUCUUGUUGCUCUGUGGUUGUCCUAGAACCCCCGUGGCCACGCUCGGCUCCCGGCUGUAGGCGUUGUGCUCUGUGUUAGCGCUGACCAAGAAUCACAUUCCACUUGCAAAGCCACAACAGAUGCAUUUUCCCAAACUCGGUCCCACCUUUGGAAGCUUUUUUUGGUUGGGGGUUAAUGACACGUGCUGCUUUCUCACUCCUUCUCCCUGAAGCAGCAUGAAGCUGGAACUGGGAAGUGCACAGGAGCAAGCGGCUCGCUCCAGCGCUUGCCCUUGUGCUGUUUCCACCAGGGCACUUUUCCUUCCCUCCCUGUGCCAUGUGGCUGCGGUGCUGCUGCUGCCGCCCUGUGCUCUGCCCCGUGUUGUUGCUGGCUUUUCACAGUAGCUCAGUUUAGGAUUCUGAUCCCCCAGUGACACUGCGCUGGGCAGUUGCUUCCUCGCUGCUCUAGAGCUGCUGUUCCGUUCAUCCCGAGCUGCCUGUGCCACGGGGCUCUCACAGUGCUGUGCGUUGCUCCUUUCUGUUCUUUUUUAAGGUAUGACUGUUACAUCCUUUAUUCCUAAAGGAAACCCGUUGCCCUGCCGCUGUCCCAAGGCCUGCAGCACUCUGAAGCUUUACAGAUUCCAAGGUGUACAUUUCUUUGUUGCUUCUGGUUUACUUGUACAAACAUUUUGUUGGAGCAACUACAGCCUCUUGCAGUAACAAGUGCAGCAGAGGUGCAGGUUCUCCUGCCCUGGCCACUGCUCCUUGCUCCUGGCUGAGGCAGCCACAGGGGCAGGGGUCCAGGCCAGGCAGGAUUUGGGUUUAGUUUCUGUUAGGAGGGCUGCAGUAGUCACUAACGGUUGUAUGCAAACAGCUUUUACUUACAAGAGAAAGGUUCUCUUUUUCAGAAGGAAGCUGGUUUGGACCCAUACAGCAGAGCCCUCAGUGAACAGAUAACUCCACUUGCCAGGAAACUUGUUUUCAGCCCAGUCAGUUCCUCCUUGGCUUUACCUGCCGGAGCUGGUGCCAUGCACCUUGCCAUGGCUCACACUGCAGUAUCCGGCCAUGAGCCACCCCCGUGGGUCCUGGCAGGUAAAUCCAAGAGGAACGACUGGCUUUGUAUCAGGCACUCCACAGCGUGUCGGGCACGAGGGGUGUUGAGGUGUCCGGGAUGCUUGCUGCGCUCUGCUGCAGCGAAGCACGUUGGUGCUGUACAUAGUUUGUCUGCCCUUCUUCAUAGCAGAGGGUGCUGGUGUUUGCUGCGUCUAUAACCUCGCAUUAAGGAAUACAUGACUGUCCCCGCUACCUUCCCCUCUUCCUGUAGAUUUGAUCAUAGCAGGAUUCCUGCCUGGAUUGCAUGCAUAGUGUGUUUUGUUUCCAGUAUAUGUGAUCUACACACAGAUGAAGGAAAGAUGUUCCGCUUGCCAGGAUCGGAAGUAGGGAGCUCGGCAGUGGAGCAGGGAUUCCGGUCCUGCCCCACGAGCCAGGCUGGGGCUGUGCUGCUCCCGAGGCUCGCUCCACAGCUCUGCUUGUCGCUGCCCACUCCCAACCUGUCCCACUCCACCUGCAGGCUUCUAUGUGAGGGCAGCGAGGGGUUCUGGAGCUAAAACCCAGCACCUCCUCCUGAGCCGGGUAGAGGAGGCUCCUCCUUAGGGGCUGAGCAUCGUCUGUUUCAUGUUCAUUGCAGCAGGGACAUAAAACAAAGGAAGUGAAAUGACAGAAAGAGCCUCUUGUAACUUACCAGGGGACGGGAGGAUGAUCGCAGGAUGGGACCUACGAGGAGGAAAGCCCAUGCCCGGAGGUGCUGCCCUCUCCGCUCGCCGCCCUGAGCCUUCCCCGGGACAAAACAGUUGUGAUUCUGCUUUGGCAAAAUGCAUCGGCUGGUAGAGCUCACUGUUAGUGCAUAUCGCGAUAUAAAUGUCAGUGUUUCACCCCA